AUCCAACUACUCGACAGCCAGCGACGACCGCCAGCCCGCUCAACCACAAUUAUACCCACCACAACCACUUCAAUCUCCCGCAUAUCACACAGACAACUCAAAUCAAUAUGCUCUGUCUCCGCUGCAGGGCUCUGCCCUCCCUCCGAACCCCGGUGUCCACCAUGCGCACCUCCAUGAAUAAAAUCUCCCAAUUCACCCCGCAAACAACCACCACACCCACCACCCUCCUCUCCUCCCGACCUUUCUCCUCCACUCUCCUCUCCACGCCAACCCGCCUCCAACCAGGCCAGACUUCUCAGACUCUCUCUUCCCGGCUCAGCCCUUCGACAUCCGCCCUCUUCACCCCGUCCAUCUCAUCACUGCUUCCUCUCCAGAGCCGUUCUUUCUCCGCCACGGCCGCUCUGGGCGUUAAGCGUAACACGUUCCGGCCCUCGCGCCGGGUGCAGAAGCGUCGCUCGGGUUUCUUGGCUCGUAACACUGAUAGGAAAGGGCGGUUGACUCUUAUUCGUCGGCGGUUGAAGGGGCGGAAGGCUAUGAGCUGGUAAAGGGUGUUUGUAUGGGGAUUUGGAGAGAUUGUCGUGGGACUUGAGAGGGUGAGGUACCCCCAGUGUCUUAUUGAGGGUACAUGACUCGUCUUGUCUCUACGGACUGGGGAUUGUUGAGGCAUUGAGGUAUUGAGGCGGGAUAUGUCAGGCCAGUGUGUGUGGCUUUUUGUACCAUAUUUACCUUUCCUUCCGGUGGUGUUGAAACACCUGGAAGGGAUGUUGUGGAGAUUAUACUCAUUUCAGCAAUGUUUUUCU